GCAGCUAACCAAUUGUUGCGCAUGACUGUGGAAGGCCGCCUGAUUAUGGCAUUCAAGCCCCCAAAGUUCUACCACCGAGACCCACGAUCUCCUGCACCAGCUUCAGACACACAAGUACCGGUCCAAAUACAACAGCACAAGGACAGGACAGAUACGAGCACAGACACAAGAACGUCUACCAACGCAGAAACAAGCUCGGACGAUAUACGGGCAGAUGCAUCUGUUGGAGACAAGGUUAUCGAGAGCCCUAACGUUCAGGAGUGCAUUCAAGAGAAGCAACAGGGUGACACGCAACAACAGACAGACUCAGAGGAAGCGGAUGAUACGACGGAAGAGUCCGAUAGCAACGACAAUGCCCCACCAACAAGGUCGAGGAAUGCGUUCAGCUUGCUCAUGGACGAAUAAAGUACUACGCGUAUACGUUUUCAGCGUUAUAAAUGAAC